AUGGCACCCCCCACCAUCCUCAGCAUCAAGCAAAACUUCCUCAACGCGCAGACACGCAUCCUCUCACAGCCAGUCGCCCCGUCCCGCGACUGGCGCAGCGCCAAUGACGCCGCGGAAGAGGCCCGGCUGUCCGAAAAGGCCGUCGACGACGCGCUCUACCGCCUGAACCACGCCAUACAGCAGCACUCGCGCCGGGUCUACGCGCCGCAGGCCACGCGCCACGUCGCCGAGCAGAUCGACAAGCUCUACUGGACGUCCACGAGCGAUGGCCGGGACGGGGCCGGGGAGAGCGAGGUCGAGCUGAGGGAGGGUGCUGACUUUACCGAUGCCGCCACGAUCGCAGCCCUGCCGCCGGCCUGGGAAGACGAGCGCGAGGUCACGUCCCAGCCUGCCGAGGCCCAGAGGUACGCCGACCUGACGGUUCGUCUGCAGGAGCUCUCUGCGCAGCGCGCCGAGGUGCUAGAGCGCGUGCAGCGCCUGCGCCGCAUGAGGGAGAUGAUCGCCCCGUUUGAGGGCGACGACAACGCAGAGGGCAACCCCAUGAAGAGCAUCCAGGAGAACCUCGUGACGCGAGACGGCGAGGUCGAGAAGGAGCUGAACAAGAUGCGUAUGCUCCUGGCCCGCGUGGGCGACAAGGUGGCGCGGCUCAAGGACGAAGAGAGGGAGGAAGCUAGGCUCUUCCGCGAGGUUGACGAGGUGUCCGAGGGCGGGGAUGUAGUCAAGGGCGUGGAGGCCGAGGAGAAGAGGAAGGUAGAGGACCUGCUCGAAAGGGCUUUCAAGAGGCAGAAGGGCAAUGAUGGGUCGUCUAGUGAGAUAUGA